AUGGAGGGGAAGAGUGAAGCCACUGUUCAUGCAUCUUUUGGUGAACCCGGCUCACCCGCUACGGACGUGCAGAAUCAAACGCGGGGUCCCACACCAAACAGGGAAGGUAUGUGUUCCGGCCCCUCUGAUGAUUUACCAAAACCACUCAGUGUACCGGAGUAUCUGGAGACUCAUGUAAUGGCCGUAUUGACGGAAGGUUUAGAGGAUCUCUGCCGCCUUCGGCCCGCUAAUCCAAUAGAUCACUUGGCACUCUUCCUUCUUCGUCACUCUCAGAGUAACACCGCAACAGAAGUUGAUCCUAGAAAUGUAACACCGGUGGAGGCACCGAAAUCCGAUAUGUGA